AUGUUUCCCGCAAUGUCACUCAGCGCAACUGAUCGGCUGAGGAGAACCAAAUCAAGUCGCUCUAUCCGAAGAAGCCACCAGACAUCCUUCUCUGGAGAGCCAUUUGACCCGGAGAUUGCCAAGCAACAUGCAACCGUAGCGGCGUCCCUGGCUAUGCAACGCUCUACUGAGCGAUCUUCCACUGAUUCCCAACGUUCGUAUGAUCGCCUCGGUGGUCCCGGUAGCAUGGCAGUACCGCAGAGACAUAGGCCAAGCGGCGAUACGGAAAGUUCAAAAACCGGGUCGAUUGUUACCGUAUCGCGGUCCCAGCUGUCAACGGCGAGGGUCUCGGAAAAUAACAAUAAUGAUCAGCUCUCUGCUGCAGCGCUGCCGCCAAUUAGUGAGUUCGGGGGUCUAGAUGGCCGUAGAUCUUCUCUGCCGUCGUCAUACCGCCGGCUGCGCAAGUCACGAUCGAUGUUUGCUACAGGACAGCGUUAUUCUCGCAUCUCUUACGGAGUACCUUCUCGAUUGCAUGGCUAUGCGACUAUGGAUUCGUAUAGGAAUCUCAUGGCCCAGGGUAGAACGCGUUCCCUCUCGUCGUCCAUCAAAAGAGGUAUCAAGAGGGUUUUCGGACUAUCGAAAUCUGUUGCGGAGAAUAGCCAUAUACAGACAUCCCCAGUGGACCAGAAGCAGUGCCCGACCCUCCCGACAAUAUCCAACAAAGAUGGGGACUGCUCAGCUGGAAAUGAUCACAAUGCGGUUUGCCCUGAAAGGCUCGCUGACUCCAGUCAUCCUCAGACACUCCGAAAUACUCCUAGUUCUGAGAGUCUUGCAACCAGCCGUUCGCGUGUUACGAGUUGGGCCGAUUCCACGGUAGCAAAUACGAUUGUUAUGCGCAAGGCAGGCGACCAAAGCCACUUAGAUAUCAUUGACGAGCGAGACUUGAGACCGAAUCUUUCGUUGCUCACUCCGAGCAAUUCCCCUCGGGAAGAAUGUUCAUCCAUUUCAGAACCAGACGUACCGGAGCGUUCCAUUGAUGGCCAACGGCAGAGUCGUACACAGGAUACCGAAGAGAUAGUUCUUGGACAGGUCCGAGAGCAUCGUGCUGUCCCAAUGCGGGCAUCAUCCCUGCACCCUCACAGCAGUAGGCAAACUAUUCGUCGGGUUCCCAGUAAUGGUUCGAUCACAUCUCCAGGGUCAUAUGCAACAGCCCCUGGUGGGAUGCUAACCCCUCAAAAGCGCCCAGCGGUGCUCAGUAUUCAAAAUGCCCCUGAAGAUGAUUCUCGAGACAUAUUUGGUACCGAACGUCAGGGGGUGGACACUUCUAGCUCCCCUAGCAUUUACUCGCGGACAACUAGUGGUAAUUCUCCGGCCACUCAAAAUCGUAAAAGUGAAGUGAGGUCACCCGAGCCGAGAGAUGAACCAGGAGUAGCUACAAUCUAUGAAAGCCAACGGUCGGCAUAUAGCUCCCCUAAGCGGAAUGUUCGUCUCCCACCUUCUGAGAUCCAAGCACGAGCAAGUGCCGAUUGGCAGCAAUGGAUGCAGUCACAGAUGGCGAGAAUCGAAAAUCUCACACCGACAAGAGAGCAUUAUCGAGAACAUGCACAGAUAUACGACCAUGCGGCCAAUGUUCCCAGGCCGAGGAGGUUUCUAUCACGAGAAAAACAGGCCGACAGUGGCACCUUGGCGAGCGAGAUGGACAAUGCAGGCCACGAUGGCCUAUUUUCAAGUGGAGAAUUAACUUGCAAGAUUGGAACGGAAAGCAAUUUCUCUAGACCAUUCAGUCGAUCUCCGAGUAUACGCACGUUAGUGACGGUCUCGAAAGAGCAUCCCUCUAGCGCUGCUGCCUCAUUUUCGAUUCCUAUAUCGGUCUCUCCAAACACUGGCGACCAGUCUUCCUCUGUUGAUCGGACCCGCGUUCGGGUUGACCAGAAUACAUUGUCGCCCAUGCAGUACAGGCCGAUAAACAGACCCUGGAUGCCUGAUUCCCCCACGCCCAAGAGAGGAGCCAGGGAGAUGUCCCAAAGAUUGACCCUGAGUGGAAAGUGUGGUAGAUCCUCCGCCAAAUGGUCCCCAGCCCAGGAUAUAAGAGUCGCCCCGAUUCGAUCCGGUCGUCAUCGUGAUAGCAUCAGGCUUACCAAUGAAAACUUAAGGACUAAUAACGGACAUGGCAACAGCAAGGAGCCAUAUAUUUUAUCCCAGGACAGCUACACGCCCAUAUCAAGCAAACGCAUGGUGGAAAUGUUUCUCAGCAGCCGGCGUCAACAAAUGGGCACGGAGAUGUCCGACGACAGUGCUCCAGAUGGAGCGUUUUUGUAG